AUGAAUUGUGCCCGGGGCAUGGGCUGGGUCUGGCCGCGCCAUCGCAGAGCACGGCUGCGGAUUUACAUGUUUUUCUCCGCGGAGGCUGUAUUAAAAGGGCUGCAUCGGCCAGACGAGGGCGGCAGCGCAGGCGACGGCGAGGGUGCCACUAUUUCCCUUGGAGUCUUCCUUGCAACGGUGGGCAUCUUCGGCGACGUUAGCGAUCUGUUUGGCGACCUCUACCAGAAGCUACUGUCCAUCAACAAACUCUUGGAACCGUUGCACGAUGUUACUGUGUUCUUCAACCUGCCAACAGAGCUUCUCGAGCUCAAACAAGUGAAUCGACAGCUCCGGACAAUGACGAAGAAGCUUCAGGCUGAAGCAAUGCAGAAACCAGAGCCGUCUUUGGAAUCGGGGCUGGUCAAGACGGACCUCAUUCCCAUAAAAGUUGUAGAAAUGAGCUUUAGAUAUCAUGGCCCAGUUGGCGACAUCGACGAUGCCGACGGGUGGCUUUUCCGAAACGUAAACUUGUCUGUAGAUCAGGGACGUUUGGUUGCGCUAGUGGGCGCGCACGGCACUGGGAAGGCCACUUUUCUUCGCCUCCUGGGGCGGCGGAUAUUCCCCACAGAAGGGAGCGUCUAUCCAAUUUGCCUUCGCACCUUCGAGUCCUGUUCAUUUCCGAGGACCCUGUCAUUAUGA